AUGAACGAGGACGCGGCGACCAUCAAGGAUUGGGCGGAUCGUAACGGGCUCAUAUUGAACACGGCGAAGACGAAGGCCGUUCUGUUCGCCAGCUCCCAGCAGCGACGCUUUUUCAGCGACGCGGAUGUCCCGCCACUCAUCGUAAACAACACCAUCAUCCCGCUGGAGGACAAGGUGUGUAAUCUGGGCGUAACGAUGUCCAAGCAUGUUCUGCAUCGUCUGCGAUAUAGAGCAGGGAUGCUUAGUUGCCAUAUACGGAGGGAGCUUGCGAUGACCUUGGUUCUGCCACUAUUGGACUAUUGUUGCCUGGUGUACCUUGAGCUUCCAGAGUACCUCGCUACUAUGCUGCAGCGCGUUUGGCACGUAGCCGUACGAUUUGUUUUUGGCCUCCGCCGUGACGAGCGAUUGGCACCUUUCCUCGAAAGAAUGGGCUGUGCCAGUCUCGAGGAAAGGAGAAGAUAUUUCGUGGGCCUACAGGUGUACCGGGCAGUAUCGCUGCGACGACCCCAUUACAUCAGCGAGAUGUUUCAGCGCCGAGACACGGGGAUGGCGCCGCAGACCAGGAGCAGUUCCCUGCCUCAACUGACGGUGCCUGAUUCGAGUUCUGAAAUGCGGCGGCGCUCCUUUUCCAUCAUGGGCGCGAGAGUGUGGAACGAGCUGCCGCUGGCGGUUCGCAAUGCCGACUCGGUACCACAAUUUCGCCGCCGACUGCGUGCCUACCUCGCGAGCUGCCACUAA